AUGUGGGUUGAUGAGGAGCAGCAGCAGCAGCAGCAGCGCAGCAGCAGCAGCAGCAGCAGCAGCAGCAGCAGCAAAGUUGUGCUGCCUGGAGAGCCCCUGCAUAUAGGAGAGGGUUUUCUCUUGGGUUUAAAUACAUACGUUGACAAUGGAGUACCAAGAGCCUCUGUUUGCGGCGUCGUGCAGACCGUGAACCGUCUGGUGUACGUACGCGCGCUGAAGAGCCGCUACGAGGCAAAUGUAGGAGAUGUGGUGAUUGGAAGAGUCACCGACAUUGCAAACGGCAAGUGGUAUUUGGACGUGGGUGCCGCCCGUUUAGCGGUUUUAUCGGUCGCUGCUGUUUGUCUGGAUGUUCAACGAAGACGCGAUGACGCCGAUGUUUUGAUAAUGCGUUCGAUGUUUCAAUCGGCAGAUCUUCUUUGCUGCGAAGUGCAGAAGGCUCAGGUGGCUGUCAAACCCUAA